AUGCCCAGUACACCAGAUGAACAGUUGUCAUCCAUUUGUAAAUGCCAGCAAAAUUUAGGAAGCCUUGAAAAUAAAGCGGAUGAGGCUCUAGCUCACUUUACUGAGCCUCUGGAUGUAAAGUGUACUGAAGAAGAUGGAAAAGAUCACAAAAACAAGAAUCAGAGUAGCUCAGAUGCAUCUGAAGAUAGAGAGCUUGAUAAUGUAUCAUACAGUGAAAAAGAAGUAAAGAAGGAAAAGAACCAUCCUCCUCAAAUGUUCUCACCUCAGCAAGAUGAAAUCCUAGCUACAGUAACUUUUGGUGAAUCAGAAGGCUCAUCCUCAGGAAAAAUUACACUUUGGGGCAAGCCAGACUCUUUGGAGUCUGUUAGCUUGGCUACUGGAAAAAUUACUGCAGAAGUAAAAGAUGGUUCUUUUAAUGUGAAAGUAGAAAUUGAGAAUGUUUCUUUGUUUGAUUCUGAAAGAAACCCUGUAGCUGAGAAAAGGAAAAGUUUGAAUAAUAAAUGUUCUCAUGAAAGACAAUGCCAGAAAAGCCAGUGUUCAAAAUGUUUUAAGUACCAGUGUCCUUCAACUGACCAUUCACCAGAACACAAUAGGAAAUACAAGGGAUCCUCUAAACAUAAAAUUCGAACUGCCACCAACAAAAACACCCCCCUGAAAAUGAACAUUGAAACAAAGGAAAUUAAAGUGGAAUAUACCAGCAGAAAGAAAAAUCUAAAGGUUAACAUCAAACCUGGUGAACAGACACAGAGCAAAACCUCCAACAGGGAACAUGAAGAUACGUAUUGGAGUGAAACAGAUUAUUCUGUAGCAGAGGCGCCUUGCAAGACAGAUUGUGAGUCAUCUUUUAGCUUUCGUGAAAAAGUAGACUAUACAUUCCCAGAUGGAUGUGCACUUCUUCCUCCACCUAAAGAAUUUGCCGACUGUGACAAAAUGCAUUUGGAUACAAUUGCAGAGGGGGUAUCUUUGUACCCUGUUGAUGACAGAAAGGAAUCUGACACCCUUUCUACAGCCUUGAGAAUUUGGAGUGAAGAAAAUUAUUUCUCUAGUAAUACCUUGAAUAACCCAAACACUGGGAAGCAGUGUAUCAGUAAGAACAAUGUAUUAGGUCAAGAAAGAAAUAACUGUAACAAAUGCAGAGACAUAGGACAAAAACCAGCAAGAAGAAAGUCUUUCCCAGAUACUACCCUUGAUGUACCAUCACCAGUUCACCCUAGAAGGGAUUCUGGCUUUUAUUCACUGCCAUCAUUAAAAGUAUUGCCUAAGGAGACCAAAGCAGGGGAUUUGUAUAACAGGAACUCAGAUAUUCAUACCAGCUAUAUAGAACUUUUUAAGUGUCCUGACUUGAUGUCCUCAUUGAGAAGUUUGAGAGGUCUUAAGUCUUCAUAUCAGUAUGCUUUCACAUCGUUUGAUCAUAAUAUUACUAUUUAUCCGUCUGAGCCUGAAGAAAGUCUAGAUGACACUUGUUUGCUGAAUGACUAUGCAGACUAUGUGGACCAAGAUGAAGAAACAGAAGAAACAUUAAUGGAGAGUCUUCAUUCCAGUGGUACUAUAAAUGAGAAAAAAGAAAAUGGGUAUGAGGAGCCUCUGAGAAACCUAGCGACAUGGGAGGAAGAUUCUAAGUCUACCAAAGAUGCUUUAGAUGAAGGGACACCAGAGUACAACCAUAUGGAAAACCAUGCUGAUCUACAGAACAAAGCUCAGCUGGUACAGAUCUCUCCACAUUCUAGAAGCCCUUCAGGUGAACUUAUUAAUGACAAAGAAAGUAUGAAUUAUGCAUCUAUGGAAAGCACCCCAAACCAACUUUCAGCUUUACAGCAAAAUGUUCACCCACCCCCUCCAGAGCCUGAGGUAACAAAGAAAAGGAGAGGAUCAGUAAUGACUGUGAUAACUGGUGGACUAGAACGAAGAUUCAUCCAAGGCGACACUAAAUUGAUACCUGAUUCUUUUGGCUCUGCAGUAAGAAAGGAGCCUAAACUUGCCUGUAGUAUACAAGAAAAAUCCUUGCUGUCGUCCUUGCUAAUAGAUCCUGAGGAGCAUGACAUAAAUAAUGAAUCAGAAAGCUUUUCGGAGAUGCAAGACAUAUCGGAGGAUAUCCUUGUUGAAUCUGAUUGCCAUAAUGAUUCAGCACAGGCUGCCAUAUUGUCUACCUCUUCAGCAUAUACAGAAAAGAAAGAGAAUUUCACAGAACAUUCAAGUCUCAAAGGAAGACCAAAGAACUUUUGCAGUAACCUGUCAACUGAUGGUAGCUUAAGGAGAGAGCCUGGAUCACAUCAACUACCUCAGUUAGUCAAAUCCAGCUCUGAUGAAAUUGAGAAAAAGAUUCAAAAUAAAGCAGAUUUUCAUCAGAAUGCAGAUAUCUCCCCAUUAUCAGUAAAACAGAUUAGUCAGAAAGACUUAAAAUCAGAAAUGAAUAAAACGAGAAAGCUACCUUUGAUGAAAGACAGCAGAGCGAGUGAUAGUUCCCAGGAAGAAGCAAUAGACCAGUGGGCCAGGAGACGAAAACAGUUCAAAGACAGCAAAAAAUGCAGUUCAACUGGAGGAAGCUCCAUAAACAGCACAAUCACUGAGGGAUCAAUAAAUUCAGAGGAUGCUCGGUCAGUAGAUCUGGGACUACUUUCUGAAAAUGAGGACAGAGGGUUUUAUACAGAAAACUUUCAUUCUGCUUCCUGGGUUUUCAGAGGUGAUGAUGUUUCUCCGGAUAAUAGUCCUAGAUGUCUCAGCAAAAGGCCUAGACCAGUGGCAAUUCGUGAAAGAACAGUGAAGAUCGCUAAAGGAACUGGCAAUUACCCUUGGGGUUUCAGGAUCCAGUUCUCAAAGCCUAUCCUUGUGACUGAAGUUGACACAAACAGUGCAGCUGAAGAAGCAGGGCUUCAGGUCGGGGAUAUUCUGAUAGCAGUCAAUGGAACUGAUGUCACCAGCAUGCCACAUUCAGAAGCUGCCAAUCUGGCAAGGAAAGGUCCUGAUAUUCUGAUUAUGGUGGUGGGAUCAGAUAUCAGCCGUUACCCUAACACCCCCAGACCUACCUGCAGAGGAUAUUUGCAUAAACGAACACAGUCAGCGAUAUUGAAGGGCUGGAGAAAGAGGUGGUUUGUGCUGAAACAUAACGGCUACCUACACUAUUACAAACACAAGAAGGAUGAAGGAAAAUGCAGACCCCUGGAAGUAACAAAGCUGGAAGGAGCAGAAAUUGGUGUUGACACCAGUCUGGGUAAACCAUUUGUUUUUAAAUGUGUACCUCAAAGUGGAAACAGGAUUUUCUACUUUUGUGCAACUUCCAACCAAGAAAUGAAGAGGUGGCUGGAGGCUAUGGAUAAAGCAGUGCAUCCUGUCCAUCAGAACCAUGUGUGGGUAGAUGUCACAUUGCAUAACACUACACUUCCACCAUUGGCUAUCAAAAACCCAGAGUGCCUGGGGCUUCUCCACCAACUGGACAGAAGCAAAGACAUCUGGAUUCAGCACUACUGCAUUCUGAAGGAUGGCUGUUUGUACUUUUAUGCCACCCUUCGGUCUACACCUGCCCAAGGUGGCCUUUACCUACAGGGGUAUAUUGUGAGUGAACAGUCUCUGGGCUCCAAAAGAUCUGUAAUUGAACUCAAACCUCCAUCUGAAGAAUUUAAAACUUUCUACUUAUGUGCAGAGAAUGUAAAUGAAAACAAAAG